UAUGAACAUUUAUAAUUGAAGGGACUAAAACGAUAGGUUCGUUUUGAUUUGUUUAGAGAGCCAACUCUCAUUCUUCGCUUUUUGUUUUUCGAAACCCCACAUCUCUCUCUCUCUCUCUCUCUCUCUCUCUCUCUGCGGUUUCAAUGCACUCAGAUUGAAUAACUUCAGAUGGUUCAACAAACUAUUGAUUCCAAGUUUAGUGGAUAUGGGAUUCCAAAUACUGAAACUGGCUUGGCCAAUCAAGAUAAGCAACUGCCACUGCCAGUGACUGCAAAGAAAAUGGCACUGAGAGAUUUGCAGAAUGAGAAUAGAAUUGCAGUGCCCAAAUCUUUGGGAAGCUCUUUAUUUCCAAAGGAGAGUGGACCCACAAUCAAGGCUGUUAAGGCUUCUGGUACCAAAAGGCCUGCACCUGAGUGUCUGGUGAGUGCACCUCAGCACCAGUCUCCAACCAGUAAUGCUGCAAAUGGGCAUCUUGUGUAUGUUCGUAGAAGACCUGAAGUAGAACUAGCUAAAAGCAGCAUCUUUGAUAACACAAACAGUAAUGCCUAUUGCCCACAAGCAAGAAAACUAGGUGACCAGGAUGAAACACCGCAACCAAAAUCCCAGAUGAAGGAGCCUAAGAUUUGUGUUCCAGAAGUUGCACCUAUUCCAAGGACUUCUUUGAUGUGCUACUCAUCUGGAAAACCAUCAGUUCCUCCCUCUAUUGGGAAGUCCAGUAACAUUGUACAACCAACAGAUGCUAAUUAUCUUCCUAUUUCUUCUUCUACCCCUCCAUUGGAUUAUCCAAAGAAAAUGAAUAACCAGCACUGGGAAGAGCGAUAUUGCCAAUUGCAGGACUUGUUGAAAAUAUUGGAUCAAUCAAAUCAAGAAGAUUAUGUUCAGAUGCUUCGAUCCCUCUCUUCAGUUGAACUUAGCAGGCAUGCUGUCGAACUAGAAAAGAGAUCAAUUCAGCUUUCUUUGGAGGAAGCAAAAGAGAUACAACGUGUUCGACUUUUGGAUGUCUUGGGAAAAUAUUCAGAGAUCUCUAGAGCGCCCUCAGCUCAACAAGGGCAGUCGGAGAACUGAGAGAAUGUAAUGAACCAAGCUUUCAUUGUGUUUCGGACCAAAGAUUGUGACCUUCUCUCCUCUUUAUCUGGAUUUCUGCAUUGGUCAUCCUCCAAGUAGUUUACCAGUAUUCCCUGUAAGAUGUCUGACUACCAUUUCUGCUAGACCUCCUAAUCCUGAGACUGAAACCAGUUAAUACUUGUCGAUGCUGUAUUGUAUUAACCAUCGCUUUAGUGAAGUUUCUACUCUCACCCUCAUCUUUUGUUAGAAUUUGUUCCUUUGCACGUAGAGUUUUCUUAAUUUUCUGAGUCAUUGCAGAGCAUCAAAAAAUUUGACGUAAAGAAAUUGUUCUAGUGGGUGCACAAUGUGAAACAAUUGGGAAUAUGAGACGAGCACUGUAUGGUUGAAAUUUAUGCUAAAUGUUAAGCUGUGAAUUUUUACUAAUGGUCUCAGGUUGCAAUUCACGACGCUUGUUUAAGUUGCUCUAUUUUAGUUUCAAUUCAAGUGAAUAAUAUUGUUUGA